GCAGACAAGGCAGCGAUGCUGAACACACGAAGCAUCCUGGUGACUGGAUCCAACCGAGGCAUUGGCUUGGAGUUUAUCAGACAGCUGUCGGAGAAAAGCAACCGGCCAGAGUGGAUUUUUGCAACCUGCAGAGACCCAGAGGGACCCCGUGCUCAGGAGUUGAGGAACUUGGCUGCCAAGCACCAGGGAAUUGAAAUCAUCCAACUGGAAGUUAAUGAUCCAUCCAGCAUCCUGGCCGCUGCAGCCAAAGUCACAGAACACCUGCAAGGAGCCGGGCUGAAUCUCCUGAUCAACAAUGCUGGAAUUCUAAGGCCGAGCACUCUGGAAUCUGAGACACCAGAAGUCAUGACUGAGGUGUACAAAAACAAUGUGAUAGGGCCCAUGAUGGUGACCCAGGCAUUCCUGCCCUUGCUGAGGAAGGCAUCUCAGGAAAGCCCCCAGAAAGGAAUGAGCUGUAGCAAAGCCGCCAUUGUCAACAUGUCCAGUGAAGGAGGCUCCAUUGCAAAUCUCCUCAUAUGGCAUGUGGGACACUUCAUUAAUUACCGCUGCAGCAAGGCUGCUCUGAACAUGCUCACCCGCUGCCAGGCCCUGGAACUAGCAGAAGACGAGAUCCUGUGUAUUGCACUGCACCCUGGAUGGGUGCAGACAGACAUGGGAGGCUCAGUGGGACAAGCUCCAAUGACUGUGGAUGCCAGCGUGCAGGCAAUCUUGAAUACCCUUGGCCACCUCUCUGAGAAAGACAACGGCACUUUUGUGAACUGGGAAGGGACAGUCGUGCCUUGGUGAAAGAUGAAACAAUCCUCCUUGGCUGCUGUGCAGAAGGAACCUCUCAGCCAUGUGCAGCGGGGGGAUUCGAAUGCCGGGAGCAACUGUGCCUUCAUCUGCAAUAAACUUUACCAUAACUUGCUGAAAUCUUACAUCUCUUUUCUCCUACCAGUUGGUCUA